AUGAUGCCCACUAGCUGGCCUCCGGCACCGCCUCCAGGCGUUGCCUACGGAGCACCUCCCGCCAACUAUGCUUACCCUCCCAAUCCAGCAUACACCGCAGUCCAGGCUCGACAAAGCUUCGGCCAGUAUCCUCCCCCACCCGCUGCACCUGCCUACAGUACUUCGCCGCCUCCCUUGGCUGCUCCCUUCGACCAAGCUGCUCCUGUUGCUCCUGCCCCGGCUCCACGAAAGGUCGAAUGGCCACCCUCCGUCCGCGAUUACGUCCAACGGUCUUUCCUGCCUCACAACAUGGACCCCUCCGUGCCACGCCCCGAGAUUGAAGCCAAGUUGAAGGAGACCAUUUCCCAGCACAUGGAGAACGGCACUCUCGAGUCAACCGACUGGGAGAAGAUGCCAUUUCCCUCCGAUCUGAUCCGAAACGAGCGCCAGUCCCAGCUCAACUCCGCUAUGAACGUCUCAUCUCCAUUUGCAUCGCGAUAUGAUGGUUCAAUGUCUGCCAACCCCAAGAAGAGAAAGUCGUCUGAUUUUACCCCGGAUGAAAAGUCUUCUGCCGUGCCUUGGCGUACUACUAACAGCAACCGAUCCAACGCACUGGAAGACCGAAUCACCUUCGCCUCCCCCGACAAACGCGCCAACCUCGAUGAGCCACUGCCCAAGUCAAGUAAGUUCCAGAAGCAGUUGGAGAAACGUCAACGCCGCUUCGAUGGUGGCUACAAAUCCUCGUACCGAUCGCCUAGCCCUCCGCCCUCUGAUGGACCCGUCGUCGGCACCAGCGAAACUUUGGAGAAGCGCUACCUGCGUCUGACCGCUCCUCCCGUGGCCUCCAUGGUUCGGCCCGAGCGCGUCCUUCACAAGACGAUGGAUCUCCUGAAGAAGAAGUGGAAGAAGGAGGGCAACUACUCUUACAUCUGCGACCAGCUGAAAUCCAUGCGGCAAGAUCUGACAGUGCAGCGGAUCAAGAACGACUUUACAGUCACCGUUUACGAACUCCACGCUCGAAUUGCGUUGGAGAAGGGGGACCUUGGUGAGUAUAAUCAGUGCCAAACCCAGCUGCGUACUCUAUACGCAAAGGGACUGAAAGGAAACCCCAUCGAGUUCAAGGCAUAUCGCAUUUUGUACUUUAUUCACACUGCCAACCGUACCGGCCUGAAUGAUGCCUUGGCAGAUCUAACCACAGCAGAGAAGGAGGAGCGACCCAUCAAGCAUGCGCUCCAGGUGCGGUCCGCUCUUGCCUUGGGUAACUACCACAAGUUCUUCCAGCUUUACCUGGACACCCCUAACAUGGGUGCGUACCUCAUGGACAUGUUCGUCGUUCGUGAGCGUCUAGCUGCUCUGUGCAACAUUUGCAAAGCAUACAAGCCAGACGUAAAGUUACGGUUCAUCACGGAGGAACUCGGCUUCGAGUCCGACGUUGAUGCGGCUCAAUUCAUUGUCGACUACAAUGGUCAGCAUCUGCUCGAGGAACGACAAGAGUCUAUUGCUCUCUUGACCGGCAAAGCCGGAGCCCUCUUCGACUCCGCCAGAAGCGAGGCUUUCCGCAAGGUUGACAUCAAAGGACAGAUAUGA